AUGUACACCACCCUGUCUGUACUGCUCAUUUUAUCCCUGAGCUUCUUGGCUUGCGAAGGAGGUGACACCUGUUGCUCUCAGCCAUGUCAGAACCGGGGCGUCUGUACAGCCAUUGGUCAAGACUCCUAUGAAUGUGACUGUACACGUACUGGAUAUUAUGGACAAAACUGCACAACACCGGAAUUCUUCACGUGGUUAAAGGUGUCUCUGAAACCAAAACUAAACACGGUGCACUUCAUCAUGACACACUUCAAAGCUGUCUGGAACAUUGUCAACAACAUUUCUUUUUUGAGAAACUCUGUCAUGCGUUAUGUUCUAACAUCUCGCGCAGAUUUGAUUGACAGUCCCCCAACCUACAACUCUGCUUAUGGUUACAAGAGCUGGGAGGCCUAUUCCAAUCUGUCCUAUUUUACACGCACAUUACCGCCCGUUCCUAAGGAUUGCCCAACGCCGAUGGGAGUUAGAGGUAAGAAAGAGCUGCCCGAUGUGAAAGUAGUGGCGGAAAAGCUUUUGAUGAGGAGGAAGUUCAUUCCUGAUCCACAACGCACCAGUCUCAUGUUUGCAUUCUUUGCCCAGCACUUCACUCAUCAGUUCUUUAAAACUGACAUGAAGAGAGGUCCAGCUUUUACCAAGGCAAAGAACCAUGGGGUUGAUCUGAGCCACAUUUAUGGUGAGGAACUGGAGCGUCAGCACAAGCUACGACUUUUCAAGGAUGGCAAGUUAAAAUAUCAGGUCCUGGAUGGUGAAGUAUAUCCACCCAUAGCCAGUGAGGUCCAAGUGGAUAUGCAUUAUCCUCCCCAUGUGCCUGAAUCGCGUCGUUUUGCAGUGGGUCAUGAAGCCUUUGGUCUGGUCCCUGGCCUGAUGAUGUUUGCCACUAUCUGGCUUCGGGAACACAAUCGUGUGUGUGAUGUUCUUAAGCAGGAGCAUCCAGACUGGGACGAUGAAAGGCUCUUCCAGACCGCAAGACUUAUUUUAAUUGGUGAAACCAUCAAGAUUGUAAUUGAGGAAUAUGUGCAACAUCUCAGUGGCUACCACUUAAAGCUUAAAUUUGAUCCGGAGCUCCUCUUUAACCAGCGUUUUCAGUACCAGAACCGGAUCUCAGCUGAGUUUAACACACUCUACCACUGGCACCCACUGAUGCCUGAUAACUUCCACAUUCAGGACGAGGUCUACAACUACAAACAGUUUCUCUACAACACCUCCAUUGUGACAGACUAUGGAAUAAACAACCUGGUGGAGUCUUUCUCCAAGCAGAUAGCUGGCAGGGUGGCAGGUGGUCGUAAUGUCCCUCUUGCACUAGUAAUGGUGGCAACAAAAUCACUUGAGAAUGGCAGACAGAUGCGCUUUCAGUCAUUAAACUCUUACAGGAUGCGCUUCAACAUGAAGCCCUAUACCUCAUUUGAAGAGCUGACAGGUGAGAAGGAGAUGGCAGCAGAGCUGGAAGAGCUUUAUGGACACGUGGAUGCUGUGGAGCUUUACUCUGGCCUGCUUGUUGAGAAACCGCGAACCAAUGCCAUUUUUGGUGAGACCAUUGUGGAAAUGGGUGCCCCAUAUUCACUGAAAGGCCUUAUGGGAAACCCAAUUUGCUCCCCUGAGUACUGGAAACCAAGCACCUUCGGCGGUAAAGUAGGCUUUGACAUUAUAAACACAGCCACUCUACAGAAAUUGGUCUGCAACAAUGUAAAGGGGCCUUGUCCCAUCGCGUCUUUUCUAGUUCCCGAUGGGGUAGAUUCUGUAGCCACCACAAUCAAUGCAAGCACAUCUCACUCAGGUUCGAAAGAUAUGAACCCAACGCUUCUACUUAAAGAGCGGGCUUCUGAACUUUGACCUCAGAGAAUGUCUAGUGUGGUACGAUUGGAGCUUUAUACUGUUACAUUUCUGUUGCUUAAUAAAGAAACAACCUCCCCACAUGACUACUGUGACUAUAAUAAACUGACCACUUAUUUAUUUAUUCAUAUUUAUUUUAUUUAUU